CUCUCCCGUUCAAACCAAGCUCCCCGAGCCCCCAAUUCCCCAAAUCCGCCCCUCCCCUUCCCCUUCCCCUUCCCGUCAAGCCCGCGGCGAUGCCGCCGAGGAAGAAGCGGGGGGCUCGCCCCGCCGCCAAGCAGCCGCCGCCGUCACCGCCGUCCCCGCCGUCGCCGCCCGGCCCCGACGCGUCGGUGGAGGAGAAGCUGCGGUGGUCCGCCGACCAAGAGUUCAUACGUCGGAAAGCUGCCAUCAGAGCUAUUCAAGCAGCAGAGACUGAGAGCGUGCUCUCCCGGCUGCGUCUGGUGCGAUCCUACAUUUCCAAGGAGCAACUAGAAACACCCGCCUUGCAAUUUUUUCAGGAGAACUUGCCCAACGUGUCAGUUGUACGGAACGAAGAGCAGGGUGAGCUUGAGUUGAAAUGGAAAGACUGGGAUGAUCUCAUAAAUGGAGACCAGAGGGAUGACAAGGUUUCGCGAGCUUCGAUCACGUCAUUGGCAACUGCUGCUGGUUUUCAUUUCUCAGGAGAUUCAGUGCAGAAGAACUUCAUCGAGAACAGUUUUGAUUUUAACAACUUUAACUGGAGUGAGCUGCGCGAGAGCCAAACGAUAGGAGCACCAGAUUCUCUACAGACACCCGGGGCCACGAGCAGUCGACUCUCUUUUGGCAUGGCACCGAAAUCAGUAAGACAACCCAAGAAUGGCGAGAUGCUCUUAUCCGUGCACGGGUCACCUCUUGGAAUGUACAAAGAGGAAAAUCUGGCAGCUAUUACCGAAUCUGGAAACGGGAGCGAAGAGCCGCUUCACGAUGCCAGCGGCCAUCAAUAGUAGUAGUAGAGCUUAACCGGCCCUCGACAUAAAAGGCUAGGAAUUUGAUGCUGCAUCUUCUCUUCAGGCCGAAGCCGGGACACCAAUCGAAGCUCCAACCACCAAUUCGGUGUACUUGCAGCAGCAUGUUGAGUCCCGGCGUCAGCUGAAUAGUCCCCGACGAGUUGCAGUGUGUGUGUAGGUUAUCAUGUUUGAUAUAAGAUCUUGUCAUGUUUGAUGUGUUGCAAGUGCAAGCGUCUGACUCGUGUUUUUGUUUGCCAAAUCAUACCAUGGAGAACAAUGGUGAAUUAGUAGCAUUUGCUUUGCCAAUCGUAACUCGAGUAUUUCACGCAUGUGCAUGUAUCCCUAUGAUGUGCUACCUCCGUCCCGAAUUAGUUGUCUUAGAUACAUCCGUAUCUAGACAAGUAAUGUGGGAAGGAGGUAAUACAAAAUACCUUGUGACAACUGCUUGGAAAAAGAAGAUGUUUCAGUCAA